AUGCUUGUAAAAGAGCUCAUUGUGAAUAUUUCUAAGGAGUGUGAUAACAAGAUGAGUAAGGAGUUCAUAAAAGUUUAUGUGAGAGGUAAGUGUGUGGAAUUUUCUCUAGAAAUCAUUAACAAGUUCAUGGGUAGAAGUGAAGAGGAACAAGUUGAAGUGGAGAUUUCUGUACUUCAUAGAAUUGGAGCUGCUAAUUGGGUCCCAACAAAUCACACUUCCAACAUUUCUACAGGGUUGGGUAAGUUCAUUUACAUUGUAGGAAUCAAAACCAAGUUUGAAUUUGGGUCCUAUGUUUUUGACCAAACCAUGAAGCAUGCUACCUCUUUUGUUGUGAAGAUGCAUAUAGCCUUUCCCUCCUUAAUUUAUGGUGUGAUUCUGAGUCAGCACCCUAGUAUCUUGAUCAGUUCAGAUGCUUCUUGCAAGAGAGAAUCUCCUUUUUCUUUGCAUUAUAGGUUGUUUACACGGAAAUAUGUCCCAAACACUGUCAUGACAUCUGGUAAGGAAACUGCCAGCUCAACCUCAAAAUAUGGAAUAAUUAGUGAACUGAAAGACAACUGCAAAGCCUUGGAUGAAACCAUCAAAACUUGCACUGAAAAGAAAAUCAGACUAGAAAGCCUGAUCAAAGCUUUAACUAAAGAGGGUACUCAUGGUAAUAUGGUUGGUGAUGUGGAAGAAGAAGAAGAAAAUGAGGAGGAUGAGAAUGUUGAUACAGGUGUUGCUACUGAUGAAGAAAUAGACGCCAAUUCUGACAUCCGAUAUGUUUUGAUUGUUGCUUCAAUAUUUUUUUGGGAUGUGCCCUGA